GAUUCUGUUACCUUCAUUUAUUUAGAUCCUUGUAAGAAGUAAAUUCUAAUAUGUUUUCUCUCACGUUAUUCCAGAAUCAGUAGAAGACGUACAAACGACAACAACGAGCCUAUUUUUCUGCUUUGGGAUUGGCCAACAACACCUGCUCGUGAGACUCGAUCCUUACCGGAUCCCUUUUAAUGAGGGACUAAGAAUAAUCCAGAACAGUCAUCAGAUGUAGUGAGUUUUUCCAGCGCUAGUUGUGCUGCGUCAGGUCGUCGCCUCCUCCUGACUCCUGCCUCUGCCUCUUCUUCCCUCCUCCUCCUCCUUCUCUCUCCUCUCCGCCUCCACAUCUCGCUGACAUGUUAUUGUAGAGAAACAUGGUAGACGCAUCACUGUGAACUAACGGCUCUCUGAUUUCCUCUGGAGCUCACCAUGAUGUCUACCUUCUACCACCCAGUUAAGGAGGCGGACAUGGCGGCUAUGACGGAGCCGCUGUGCCUGGAACGAGAUGUGUGCAGAGUGAUCGAGCUGCUGGACCGUCUGCAGCGCAGUGGGGAACUUCCUCCACCUAAGCUUCAGGCAUUGCAGAGAGUCCUGCAGAGCAAGUUCUGUGCCGCCAUCAGAGAGGUGUAUGAGCAGCUCUAUGACACUCUGGACAUCGUUGGAGGACCAGAGGUGCGAGCACAGGCCACCGCCAAGGCCACAGUGGCAGCAUUUGCAGCCAGUGAGGGACAUGCUCACCCCAGAGUGGUGGAGCUCCCCAAGACAGAUGAGGGGCUGGGCUUUAAUAUCAUGGGAGGCAAAGAGCAGAACUCCCCCAUCUAUAUCUCCAGAGUGAUCCCUGGUGGAGUGGCCGAUCGUCAAGGAGGGUUAAAGAGAGGCGACCAGCUGCUGUCUGUCAAUGGAGUGAGUGUUGAGGGCGAGCACCACGAAAAGGCUGUAGAGCUGCUGAAAGCCGCCCAGGGUUCGGUCAAACUGGUGGUCCGUUACACCCCCAAAGUCCUGGAGGAAAUGGAAGCGCGCUUCGAGAAGAUGAGAAGCGCCCGCAGGCGACAGCAGCACGCCAGCUACUCGUGAGACAACUCAUCUCUGGAGUCCCGGGGCUGAGUUAACACGGCGCCUCCUUCGCCUCCUGCUACAACCUCCUGCCUCUGCUGUUCCUGUGGGAGGAAAGACUGUUGAGAAGAAGCAAAGAACCAAAACAGCCUACUGUCACCUGAACUGCUUCACGAAUCCAACGCUGCGGUUCAACAUUUUCUUCCCACCCUCAAUGUUGUGUAAGUUUGUUGUCAGAUCACAGCCAAUCUGCCUCCCCCUACUGUAAUAUACACAUCGCAUCUGUCUGUUUGUGGCUCAACUCAUGGCUCUUGUGUUCAUGUCCUGAGUUUGUUACACUAUGACCCUUCUCAUGUGCUGUAGUUCGUAUCUUCAGUGUCAGGCACAUGUCAGAGGAGGAGGCAGGAAGUCAGACAUUCUUCAUCUGCAUUAGUGGCAUUAUGAAGAAGUACAGUGAAAUUGUGACUGUCGGUUGUCCUGUUGGAAAGAUGUGGGUUUUAUUUUAGAGGUAGAUGGAUUAGUCUCUCUGACGAUGAAUCAGUGAAACCCUUUUACAGUAGUUACUGAUCAGUCAUCGAUGUGAGUUCACACUAUUUUGUUGUCACAUAUUUAAUAAAUGCUGCUAACACUGGGAUUUGUUUUCUUUUUUUUUCAUUCAUGGCCUCUGUGACAAAGUUUAGUUUUUUUAAACACUUCUUUUAUAAAUUAUUUAUCUUUUAAUUUGUUUGUUUUAAAUACAGAUAUAUGAGUGCACCUCAGUGCAGACACAGACGGCAGACUGAAGAGACAGGCCAUGAAUUGUGUUCAAUAAAUGUUUGAGGUCAAA